CGGAAAAACUUUCAAAGCUACUGAGCAUGUGUUUACACUGGGGAUAGCUAGCUUCAGUUACAUUAAUAUAAAGAAAAUCUGACCAAAAUGUCAUCAAAAAGUCAGGAUAACGACGAUAACUUUGAAGGACAGUCUGCAUUGAAGGAGGAAUUGAACAAAAAGAUCAAGGAGCAGAAGGUUUUACUGGACGAGCUCUCUAAUCUGAAGAAAAGCAGGAGAGUCUACGUUCAGCAAAGGAACAGUAACAUUUUCUUCCUAGCAGACAGAAGUCAGACGCUGGGUUCAUGCAAAAAGGAACUGGAUAGCAUGAAAAAGGAUCUGCAGGAUAUGUAGGAUAUGUAGGACUGACCUUCACCACAACAAUGUGUGGCAUCUUCUGUCUGUUGAGUCUGUCGCCUGCUCAGUUGGAGUGGGACAAAACAGUCCAUGAAC